AUGCCUGUUUCUCACAUUCUACCUCGUUCUAAUGCUAUUCAAAAUAAAACUGGUCUUAAAAUUGUUAGUGUAUUAUUAUAUAUGACUCUUCGUCUUUUCGGUAUAAGUUGGAUUAAAUGUGAUGAAUUUUUCAAAAAGAUAGGUGCAUUAACGACUAGAACAGCUGAUAAAUGGGCAAACAUUUUUUUAUCUGGUAGUUUUGAUGAAUUUAUUAGCGAAGGUCGAGGUGGAAAACAUAUUCCUAGUUUUUACGAUGUAUUUCCUGAUAUUGAAUUGUCAGCUAAAACUUAUUCUAUUCAACGAUGUGCUGCAAAAGCAGCUGAUUUUGACGUAUCUGAAUUAGCAAAAUUUAUCGAUGAACAGUUUUAUACCAUUACUGAUGUUAAAAAAGAUCCCAAUGAUUCAUUAAUUCGUUCAAUGCAAUCCUGUCGUAUCGACCUUCGAAGAUGGGGCGCACGUUUCGAAUCUAAUUCGCAACGUCCCUACUUCGAAGGCCACGAGCGGCAAGACGUAGUCCAGCACCGAACAGAAUUUUUACAGCAUUUUCUUCCAAAAAAGGAUUCGUAUUACUUAAUAAGCGAAGGUGCACAGCCUAAAUGGCAAACACCAAAAGUUAAUGUCCCAACUGUUCUGAUCUUUCAUGAUGAGAGUACGUUUCGAAGCGGUGAGGUGUCAGCUAAACGCUGGCUAUACAAUGAUCAGGCGCCAUUUUAUUCUAAAGGUCGUGGUAGAUCUAAUAUGUUAUCGGACUUUUUAGUCAUGCAUCCGUCAGGUCCAUUCUUUCAAUUAAGUCCAACUGAAUAUGAUAAAGCAUUAGAGAAAUAUCCAGAAUUAGAUGAAGAACAAGACGUUGACUAUAUAGAACGUUCUGCUAGUGCAUCUGUGCAUCUUAGUUCUGAUGCAUAUUUUGAUAAUUCAACUAUAUUAGCACAAUUCGAGCGACUUCUUAAACUAUUACAAUUUAAAGAAUGUUUUAAUAAUCAUAGUAUUGAAAUAGUAGUGGAUAAUGCUCGUACUCAUUCUGCUCGUGCUUAUAAUCUAUUAGAAUUUGGAAAAGGUGUUUCAACACGUUGUCCUGUAGAUCAACUUCAAUGGGUGGAUGCUAAGGGCAUUACACAAUCAUUACCGUGUUAUUUUCAGCGUGGUCCUAAUCGAGGAAAAUCCAAAGGUUUAUUACAGAUUGCGAUCGAACUUAACUGUAAUCCCUCACUAAAAGCAAAAUUAAGUGAACUACGUCAGCUACUUGCCCAUCAUCCAGCAUUUCGAAACGUAAUUUGCGCAGUUGACACGAAAAAUUUAGAAAUAUCUUUUCUUUUUUUCUUCCCUAGAUUUCUCGAUUAG